CAGGUGUCUUGUACAGGUGUUCAGUCGGCUAGUGGCGCGUAUUCGCGUGUCCGGUAUAUACGCUAUUCUCUCGGCACGAUAAAGUAUUUUACCGAUGUUGAAUAAAUAUAUAAAAAAAAGUGCGUGAAAUUUUUAUUUCAAAUCCAUAAAAAUGUCUCGAUCAUGGUGUGAAGUGAUAGAUUCGAAAUAUCGUGAAAGGUGAUUAUUGCUAAGAGUAAAAUUUUCACACGAAAGAUUGGCGGCCGACAUCGCGGGUUAUAUUGCAGUUGGAUAUUAUGCUAAUCACAUUACGGUCAGAAUGCGGGAGGAAGAACUUGAGAUAUCACUCAAGGUGGUGAUAGUCGGUAAUGGUGCUGUGGGGAAAUCGUCGAUGAUCCAAAGGUUUUGCAAGGGCACUUACACGAGAGACUAUAAGAAGACCAUCGGUGUCGAUUUUCUGGAACGGGAGAUAGAGGUGGAUGGCGAGGACGUAAGACUGAUGCUGUGGGAUACUGCCGGUCAGGAGGAAUUCGACGCAAUCACUGCGGCUUAUUAUCGCGGCGCCCAUGCCUGCGUCCUCGCUUAUUCAGCCACGGACAGAGAUUCCUUCGACGCCAUUCCUUCGUGGAAAUUGAAGGUGGAGAACGAGUGCGGCGAAAUUCCCACGGUUCUUGUACAAAACAAAAUGGACCUCGUUGAUCAGUGCGUCAUUGAUCCGGACGAAGCUGAGAGACUUGGUCGUGCCCUCGGCUGUAAGCUUUUAAGAACAUCCGUGAAAGAGGACGUCGGAGUCAUGAGCGUCUUCCGGCACUUGGCAUCAAGAUGUCUCCAUGAGAUGCGUCGCUGUGACGACGAUUAUCAGGACGACCUGAGAUUAUACUCGGCCGGACCUAGAUCUCCUUCCGUAAUAAGUGCAUUUAGUCCGAAUGGGUCCACGUGUGGUCGGAGUACAGGGAAUGGUACCAUAGUUUUGCGACCAGGAACCAAGGCAAAGAAUCAUAAGAAAAAAAAUUUUGUAAAAAACGCUUGUAGGCUACUUUAGUCUUUGCGUGGAUAAAUACGCGAUAAAUUGUAACGAAUACUUCAACCAUGUACAGACUGAUAUAUUCAUAUUUAUGAAGAUAUAAAUAGCUUUUGUACGAUUGUUUCGAUGCCUAUAAAAUUGGUUUUAGGAUUGUUAUGAAAUACGCACAGUAUUUUACGCAGAGUAUCAAAGAUAUAACGAGAAAAAUUGAAUGCGAUUAAUUUUGAACAGUAUUGCGUGUAUUAAUUUGUGAUACACAUUUCCUUCGACAAACGAUUAUAGAAGAGCUGCCACUUCAUAGUUCGCUUUAACUUAUUUCAAUUAUGCGUUAUUAUUACGCAGUGUUUGUUAAUUAUGAAUGAAAAAAAUAUCAGUUUAACUAAAUACUGCUUAGUUAGAUACUUUUAUUAAAUAAAAUGUGAAAAAUAUAGAAG